UGACCCUGGCGGUUCACCAUCAGGAUGAACGUGAUCAUCCUCCAACUGGACCACAAAGCUGAUUGGUUAACUGCAUUCAACAAAACCUUCUGCGGCUUGAUGUCACAACACUUCCUCUUAGGGAUCGCGCCUUCCUUUUCUGAGAUUUCCAGCUUGGGUAAUUCGUUUUUCAUACACAAAUACGAAAUACAGAAUCAUUAAAACACGACAUGUUCUACUUUUGUAAAGACUUCCAGAGUACACACAAAAUUCACGUCAGCCAUGUUGCUCGCGUUUACGGCCUUCUAAGAAAGAGCGUGAGCGUACUUACCUUUAAACUUGGUGUCAGUACAAUAACCGCCACCUUCCAGCUGUAUAAUGUGUUAAACACUCUUGUCCAUUGUUUACACAAACAUUGUCAACUUACUGUCUGCUGUUAGCCCACACAAGCUACAUUGGUUUAAUCAGAUUAGGCCAAACAGUGACCGUUAAAUCGCUACUGACAAAAUUUUCGACUGUCAUUAAAGACAGACAUACGACACUUUAUAGUAAAGUAGCAGGAUAACGAUCUUCUUUAAAAUAAUUAAUCACGAGCUGAAUGAAUUAGCUGAAUGUUUUGCUAACAUAGCGAGAUAGACCUUCAUGCGCAUGUCAUGCUAGCUCUCCGAGUAGCGUUCCAAGUUAAAAAAAAAAAAAGAAGGAAAUUUGUACUUUCAUGUAUAUGACCAAUAUUUAAUUAAAAUGCAAACAUAUUUUGACGAUACACAUUUGUUUAUCAUAACCGUCUCUUGGCAUCUGGUGGGUAGUGGGUCGUCGUGGCUCUUUUAAAUGUCGUUUUUAUUAGUUUUUCCCAACAGCUUCUUGGGAGCAAAGUCAAUGUGAUGUCCGAUUUUUCCACUUAUCUUGAAUGUUACACAUUGGUAGUGGACGGUUUGUCCCGGCAUGCACCGCGGCAGGCGACUCCGCUGUGAAAGUGAGCAGUAAUGGCGGCCGGUUAGCCCCACACAGCAGCAGCCCGUCCGUCGUCAGCCGCACUCACCGCAGUCCUCUGGGGACAGCGAGCGUCAUACGCGGCUGAGCCAGCGUUACGAGCCGGGGUGGAGACACGGGACGGAGCGGGCUUCCCUUCUCUUUGGUGGACAUUCUAAGUAAGUCCAAUAUGGACGAGCACCCCGGCGGAGGAGCCGCCGGACCUCCUCCGCCGCCGCCGCCGCUGCAGGAGCAGCAGCAGCAGGGGGGCACGGCCGGCGCUCAUCCGGCCAUCGGAGGCGGCGGUGGGGCAAUGCUGGGGUCGCAGCAGUCGGACGAGCUGCCGCGGCCUCAUCAGCAGUAUACUAUCCCCGGCAUUCUGCACUACAUCCAGCAUGAGUGGGCCCGCUUUGAGAUGGAGCGGGCCCACUGGGAAGUGGAACGGACUGAACUGCAGGCUAGGAUAGCUUUCCUGCAGGGGGAGAGGAAAGGUCAGGAGAACCUGAAGAACGACCUGGUCAGAAGAAUCAAAAUGUUGGAGUAUGCUCUCAAGCAGGAAAGAGCCAAGUACCACAAGUUAAAAUACGGAACAGAGUUGAACCAAGGUGAUGUGAAGAUGCCGAACUUUGAAUCAGACAGCAAAGACUCAGAGGUGUCAGCACUUCCCGCCAACAGCCAGCUGACCUGGAAACAAGGACGACAACUACUGCGACAGUACCUGCAGGAGGUGGGCUACACAGACACCAUCUUGGAUGUGCGCACUCAGAGAGUUCGCUCUCUGCUCGGCCUCUCUGCUUCCGAUCACAACGGCUCUGUGGAGAACAAGAACCUGCAGCACCUCAUCAACGGCACGGAACGACGCAAGGACAGCAAGAGGAGUCCAGGAGAUGUGUUGGAGACUUUCAACUUCCUGGAGAACGCUGAGGACAGUGAUGAAGACGACGAAGAUGAGGAUGGCGAGUUGCUGGAUGACAAACUUCACAGAAGCAGGAAACACAGGAACAAGGUGGGCAAUGAGGGCCUGGCGUCGGAGGAUGACACGGACACAGAGGAGGCACUGAAGGAGUUUGACUUCCUGGUUACGGCGGAAGACGGUGAGGGGGCAGGGGAAGCCCGCAGCUCAGGAGACGGGACUGAGUGGGCCGAGCCACUCCCGUUCCCAAGUGGCGGGGGGAAGUCCUUCCUGAUGGGUGGGGUCGAUCACGUCUUGGAGAGUGUGCUGGGAUUGGGUGACCUCGCCGACCUCACCGUUGCCAACGACGACACAGACUUCAGCUACGACCUGCCGUCCGGUCAGGAGUCUUCGUUCAGGAAGACUUGGAAUCCCAAGUACACGCUGCGGAGUCACUUUGAUGGCGUCCGAGCACUCGCCUUCCAUCCCGUGGAGCCGUGCCUGGUUACCGUGUCCGAGGAUCACACGCUCAAACUGUGGAACCUCACCAAGACCAUCGCCGCCAAAAAAAGUGCCUCUCUGGAUGUGGAGCCCGUCUACACGUUUAGAGCUCACGUUGGACCCGUUCUGUCGUUGGCCAUGACCUCCAGUGGCGAGCAGUGUUUCAGCGGUGGCCUCGAUGCCACCAUCCAGCGCUGGAAUGUUCCCAGCUCCAACGUGGACCCCUACGACACCUACGAUGCCAGUGCGCGGGCCGGGUCAUGGACGGGGCAUACGGACGCUGUGUGGGGGUUAGCUUACAGUGGCAUCAAGAACCGCCUCCUGUCCUGCUCGGCCGAUGGAACAGUCAAACUCUGGAACCCUCAGGAGAAGAACCCCUGCAUCAGUACUUUUAACACCAGCAAGGACCACGGCAUCCCCACAUCAGUGGACUUCAACGGCUGUGACCCCGCCCACAUGGUGGUGUCAUUUGACAGUGGUGAUGUGGUGGUUUAUGACUUGGAGACUUCCCAGCAUGCACUGGUGCUGAAGGGGCAGGGUGAAGGAACCAACACUGGCUGUCAUCAUAUCUACAAGGUGGUCAGCCAUCCCACCCUGCCUGUCACCAUCACGGCCCACGAAGACCGCCACAUUAAGUUCUUUGACAACAAGUCAGGUAAGGUCAUUCAUGCCAUGGUGGCUCACCUGGAUGCAGUAACCAGUCUGGCUGUGGAUCCAAACGGGAUCUACCUGAUGUCUGGAAGUCACGACUGCUCGCUGCGUCUGUGGAACCUUGACUCAAAGACGUGCGUGCAGGAGAUCACGGCGCACCGCAAGAAAAGCGAAGAGGCCAUCUAUGAUGUGACGUUUCACCCCUCCAAGGCAUACAUCGCCUCGGCCGGUGCCGACGCCCUCGCCAGGGUCUACGUGUAGCGACUGAAAGACGCAAACGUCCUGAGCCACAUGGCCUCGCACACACACCGCCUGAAGACAGAUGCGUGCAGCUGAUCUGUGACAUCAUCAGUCCAUAUGACACUAAUGCCCCUCCUCCUCCCAUGUCAACGUUCAUCCCACCAAUCAGCUGUUUGUCUUCGGAAUGUCCCGAUGCUUUCAUGUUGGACUUCCUCAGCAGCGGUGCUCAGGUUGUCACAAUGUCAUCAUGAACAAUAAAGUUCUUUCUUGACAGCGCCAGCAAAUGGACCUUCACGUCCACGUUUACGUUCAUUUGCUUGCAUGGAUGAAACCACCUUUGACCUCCACUACCUGAGCUCGCCAUGAACUCAAACAAGGAUGGCGGCGAACCAAAGCUUUUUUUUUUUUUUUUUUUAAAUAUAUGUCUCCAACAAUGGGACUCAGGACUGCAGUCGUGAUCACCUCAGCAGUAGCUGAGCCAAUCAGAACUUAGCACUCAGUUGCUGAUGUAACAAGCAAAACAUCUCGGCCCCGCCCAGCUACUUCCUGUUCACAGGAACUGUCGUACAAAGAAAAGUAAAAAGAGGAGGAGUUACCAGAGUGCAGAGCCUCACCUGCCAGUUAAACGUCAAUCAGUGAAUAUUUUAUUUAUUAUGUUUUUACAACGGAGGCUGUGGCCUGACAAGCCCCUUCCCUGUUGACAUAGUUGACUAGAGGGAGGAGCCAUGCUGCUCAAGGCCGCCUUUUUUUAAUGUCCUUUAUAAGAAAGUUAAGGAGAAAAUAUCCAAUCGGGGGCCUCCUGGAGCAAAGCCACCUUCUGAUUGGUUUGUUUCAUUUCACUUUUUGUUUUGAACUCAAGGGAUUGGUGUGGCAAGCAGCUGACGUUUACGACUUAACGUGUUACUACUACUUCCUGUUGGUGUCUUGCAUGAUUACCACAAUAAAAGUAUUUUUUCUAGUCUUCCAACUUAAGUU